AUGAGAAAAUUCUUCAGUCAAAAAUCGAAACAUAAAACACACCAACACGCAACAUUGUCAACGACUACAUCAACAUUGGCAGGAUCAUCAUCACUUGUUGUGUCACCAUUAUCAUUUAAUAAAGAUGAUGAAACACAAAUAAUAUCAACAACGAAAAAAGAUAAAUCACAAACAACAUCUAGUCAUUCUCAAACUGCUACAACAAAUCAAGUUGAAAUAAACCCAACAGAUUUAUUAAAUAAUUCAACAUCAAAUGAUUCAGUAUCAUCAGAUGUAAUAAAUAAUAGUCAAUUGAAACAAGAUGAAAAUGAAGAAAAAUCAAAAAAAUUAUUUGUUGUUGUUUCAGACGUAGAUUCAACUUGUACUUCGUCAUUGUUACCAACAGUAUCAAAUGAAAAUCCCGAUUCUCAUUUAUUAAGUGUUAAUGAAUGUGAAUCAAAUGAACCGGAGACAACACUUCAACAACUACAACAACAACAGCAAUAUGCAUUAACACGUAAACGUUCAUCAACUGGUUCUGGUCAGCAUAUAGUUCGUUAUCGUGAACAAAAUUCAAAAAAAUUUGUUGAAGAACGUCUUCGUCGUCGUAGUUGGAUGGUAUCACAAAUACAAUUAUUAUCAACAUCAUCAAAUUGUCCGAAUAAUAUGUUAACAUCAAUGAAUAAUUCUCAAACAUCAGAUAUUUAUUCACAUAAUCAACAAACAAUGAAUUUAUUACGUUUACGUCGUCUUCGUUUUGGACAAUCAGAACCAAAUUUAAAUUCUUUACAAAUGAAUUAUUUCUAUCAAACAUCACCAUCACUUAAAUCAUCACCUCGUACAUCAUCAGCAACAACAAAUGAUAAUAAUAAUUCUCAUAAUAAUAAUACUAAUAAUAAUAAUCAUACUAAUUCAACAAAUCUUCAAUCAACAUCAUCACAACAACAACAACAACAACAUUUUUAUCCAUUCCCAUUACGUCGACCAAGUUCACGUCGUUCAAAUUUAUCCGGUUUAAAUUUAAUUAAUUUAAAAUAUGCUUUAAGAAAACAACUUUCACCACAACAACAACAACAACAACAACAAACAUUAUGUACAACAUCAUCAGAUAUACAAGAUACAACAAAAACAUCCAAUACAUUUAAUCCAUCAUCAACAAGUGCAUUUAAACCAAUAAAUAAUAUUGAUGAUAAUUCAAAUCGUCGAUGGUCAUUAACAUCAGCACCAUCAUCAAGUGGUUAUGGUACAACAACACCAAUAACAUGUCAUUCACAGGAAAGUUCACAAUAUUCAUCAUUUGAACGUCUUCAACAUCAUCAACAUCAUCAACAAGCACAACAACUAUGUACAUGUAAACAACAAACUAAUUUACCAAAUUCAAAUGAAGGAAGUUUAUUAAAUGUUAGUCCACAUGAUGAUUUUAUAUAUGGAAGUUUACAACGUUUAGAAUCACGUUCAAUAUCAAUGUCAAUGCUUGAUGCAAAUAUAUCAUCAUCACCAUGUAAAAUGAUGACUAUGCCUGAUCACGAUAUGAAUACAAUGGCAUAUAUAUAUAAAGAACGUUAUCCUAAAGCUAAAGUACAAAUGGAAGAACGUUUACAAAAUUUUAUUGAUACAUACAAACCAGUUGAUAAAUAUGAUUAUUGUUCUGAUGGUUCAGCUAGAUUUAUACAUAAUCAAAUAGUUGAAUUAGCUAAAGAUUGUUUAGAAAAAUCUCAUGAUGAUUUAAUAACAACAUCAUAUUUUAAUGAAAUGACAAAUAAUCUUGAAAGAUUAUUAUUAAAUACUAAAGAUAAAUGUCCACAAGCUAUUGAAAAUUUACAAGCAGUUGUACGAAAAUUAUUAUUAACAAUAGCUAGAUCAGCAAGAUUACUUGAAUGUUUAGAAUUUGAUCCUGAAGAUUUUUUACGUACAUUAGAUGAAGUUGAAUGUCAAGCAAAAAUUAAUGGAAAUAUUAAACAAGAUAUUCCAAAAUAUAUUUGUUCAAAACUUAAUCUUGAACGUAAUCCACUUGAUGUUAUUGAUAUAUUACAGGUCAAUGAACCUAAUAGUAAUAAUGAACAUCAAGAUACAAUUGAUCAUAAUACAAAUAUUGGAUUAUCUGAAAGUGAAAAUGAAUCAUUAACUGAUUCAAAUUAUUUAACAAUAACACCAAAUACAACAUUUCCAUUAAUUGAACAACCCUUAUCAACUAAAGCUCCAUGUGAAGAUGAUUUUGAAGUAAUUAAAUUAAUAUCAAAUGGUGCAUAUGGUGCUGUUCAUUUAGUAAAACAUCGUCAAACUCAAGAACGAUAUGCUAUGAAAAAAAUUUCUAAAACACAUCUUAUUUUACGUAAUCAAGUUGAACAAGCUUUUGUUGAACGUGAUAUAAUGACAUUUACAGAUAAUCCAUUUGUUGUUGCACUUAUAUGUACAUUUGAAACUAAAAAACAUUUAUGUCUUGUUAUGGAAUAUGUUGAAGGUGGAGAUGUUGCAACAUUAUUAAAAAAUAUUGGUGGACCAUUAAAUAUUGAUAUAGCACGUAUGUAUUUUGCUGAAACAACAUUAGCUGUUGAAUAUCUUCAUUCAUAUGGUAUUAUACAUCGUGAUCUUAAACCAGAUAAUCUUUUAAUAACAGCAGUUGGCCAUAUUAAAUUAACUGAUUUUGGUUUAUCAAAAAUUGGUUUAAUGUCAUUAACAACAAAUUUUUAUGAAAAACAUAUUGAUAAAGAAACAAAAGCAUUUAAUGAUAAACAAAUAUGUGGUACACCAUCAUAUAUAGCACCUGAAGUUAUAUUACGACAAGGUUAUGGUAAACCAGUUGAUUGGUGGAGUAUGGGAAUAAUAUUAUAUGAAUUUUUAGUUGGUGUACCACCAUUUACAGGUAAUACACCUGAUGAAUUAUUUGCUAAUGUUAUUAAUGGACAAAUCGAAUGGCCUGAUUUACUUGAUGAAUCAACACUUGAUUUAUCAUCAUCAACAUCAUAUGAUUCAUCGGAACAAUUUUUUUGUCCUGAAGCUAAAAAUUUAAUUGAACAAUUACUUGAACAUGAUCCAUCAAAACGUUUAGGUACAUUAGGUGGUGCAUAUGAAAUUCGUAUACAUCCAUUUUGUUCUUGUAUUAAUUGGAAUACAUUAUUACGUGAAAAAGCCGAUUUUGUACCAGUAUUAGAAUCACCUGAUGAUACAUCAUAUUUUGAUACAAGACAAGAUCGUUAUCAACAUUCAGAUGAUGAUGUUUUAUCAUCAACAACAAAUAAACAAACACAAAUAACAUCACCGGAUAAUGAUUCAGAUGUAUUAUUUGCAUCAUUUUCAUCGGUUUCAUUAAAAUAUGUUUCUGAAUUAUCAGGAACUCAUAAACAACGUCAUUCAAAUAAAACACCACAACAAGAUUCAACAACAACAAAUACAACAACAUCAGAAAUAUCAUCAACUGAUGUAUCAAGAGCGAACUCUUGUUCAGAAUGUUUUCCUUCAGAUAAUGUUAUACGAAUUAAUUCACCUAGUGCUUUUCAACCACUUAUUAUGACGCAAUCAAUGCCUAUUGAGACGGGUCAAAAAGUUCAACCAUCAUGUAUUCCACCAAACUUUGGCUCAGAUACAUUUGAACCAUUACUUGUCUCAUCGGAUGAUAAUUCUUCUGAAUCGUCAUCAGUUAAAAAAGAUUUAGAUACAUAUGCAUCAUCAGAUAAACUUUCAUUAUCAAAUGCAUGUAUAUCAAGAAAUUCUUCAUCAUCAUCUUCUCUAUCGUCGUCUUUACAAAUUUCAACAGUAACAACGACGAAUAUAGAUGAGAAGAAAACAAAUACAAUUACAACAAGUACACCAACACCACCACCAACAACAACAAAACAUCAUAAACAACGAAGAACAUCAGUUAAAUUACUUGAACAACAAAAUGCUAAUGAUAGUGGAGAUGAUAAUCAACAACAAAAAAUUAAAACACGUCAUUAUCAUCAUCAACAUCAUAAAAAAGUUCGAAAUCCUCGUACUUUAUCACCACUUGAACCAAAACAAUCAUCAACAUCACCAAUACCAACAACAAGUUUAAAUAUAUCUUCGAAUUCUAAAUCACAAGAUCUUAUUCAAUCAACAAAAUUAAAUAAUUCUCCAAUAUCAUCACAAAUAACACCUUCAGUUUCAAUAUCAAAUGAAACUGAAUUUAAAAAAUCAGCUUCAUCACAUUCACUUAUACCACCAUUAACAACAAAAACAAGUUCAUCAGUUCUAACAACUAAUUUAAAUAAACCGGUGAAAUUUAAUAAUCAACAACAACAACAACUGCAACAACAACAACAACAACAACAACAACAACGAAAUUUUCCACGAUCACUUUCAAAAUCAUUUUCAUCAUCAUCAUCAUCGUCAUCUCCACCACCAAUGUGUUUUAAUCAUCCAGAUGAUCGUUCUUAUCGUCAUACACAACGUCAUAAUAUGGCUGUAUCACCACUUGAACGUGAUACAACUCUUAAAGCACAACAACAAAAUUCAUUUUCAUCAUCAACUAUAUCACCUAUUCAUUCAAUAACAAAUAAUCUUCGACCACCAAUUAUUAUUCGUCGUGGUCCACGUAGUUUUGGUUUUACAUUACGUGCUGUUAAAGUCUUUCAUGGAAAUACAGAUUAUUAUACAACACAACAUGUUGUUGUUGCUGUUGAAGGUCCAGCUGAAGAAGCUGGUUUAAGACCAAAUGAUGUUAUAACUCAUGUUAAUGAACGUCCUGUUGCUGGUCUUUUACAUCCUGAAGUUGUUAAAUUAAUUUUAAGUGGUUCACCUAAAUUAUCUAUACGUGCUAUACCACGAUCUGAAACUCAAAUACGUACUGGUGGACGACGUCGUUCACCAUCAAAACAAAAAAUUCGUUAUCAACAACAACCAAAUCAACAAUAUGAUAAUAAAAAAAGUCAAACAAAUAAUAUUUAUCAUCAACCAUAUUGUCAAAAACAUCGACUAAAUUCAAUAGGAACUUCAACAAAUACAAAUUCAAAUAAUAGUAAUGGAAAUAAUUUAAAUAAAAAACAUCCACACAAUAAUUCAUUAUUUCGACGUUUAAGUGAAAGAAAAGUAGCUCGAGACAUGGAAGCAGCAGCUGCUGCUGGAGUAUCAUUAAUCAUUCCAACAACAUUAACAACCAAUACACACACAAAUAAUAUAUUAACAACAACAAACACAUCUAUAUUAUCAUCAUCUUUACCAUUACUUUCAUUCAAUCAAUUAACACAUGAUCAUAAUAAUGAUAGAUCAUUAACUAAAGCAUAUCAUCAAGUUCGUCCAAAUAUUCUUGAUUCAUCUGAAUGGCCACCACUUCAAGCACCACUUAAACCACCAAUAUCGAUGGCUACUGAACCAGAUUCUCCGCAACCAACUUUAUUGCCGUCUAUUGUUAGACAAAAAUCCCAAAUUUCAGUAUCACCUUUGGCUAAAUGUCCACCACUAUCAAGUAGUGGUUUAUCAGCAUCGAGUCAACCCGUACAUCCUUCUCUUUGCAAAACUUUAUCCGAGCCACCAAUACUUCCUCGUCAAACUAGCCAUGUUCAAUAUCCGUCACGAACAAUUCAUGAUGAACAUAAUCAUACACAAAAUUAUUUCUAUGCACCAAUGACUACAACACAUAAGAAAAAAGUUUUUCAUACAAAACCAGUUACGAUUACUGCUCCGACUGAUUCAUCAUUUAUAGUGGGAAAUAAUUUCAAUCAAAAUUCAUGUUAUAUCAAUAACGUUUAUUAUGAACAAUCAACUCGUUCAUCAUCAACAGAAUCAUCGACGAGUUCAACAUCAACACUUACACAUGUCGAUAAAUAUUCAUCUACCCCGGUCGUUAUUCCUACGAAGUUUUUCUAUCGACGAAGAUAG